AUGGUCAUGGGCGCUUUCAGGAGCUACAGCCAUAGCACGUCGGUUGAGAGGAUACCUCGGAACCCCAACCUCAGGAGCGGAUUCCGCGGCCGCUUGCAGCACAUAUUUAAUGUCAUUGCAAGCAACCCCUCUUCCGUCCUGGUGAUUCUCUAUUAUCAGGGGCACAGCGGCCUGGACAACAGGAACGAGCUGGUGCUUUCAAAUGGAAACGGCCAGUCGAUGCACUGGGCAGAUGUCGCCGACGCCGUCAUCAGCGCCAGGUGCGACGUGCUUACCAUUUUGAACUGCUGCCAUGCUGGCGCUGCUAUGAACACUCCGUUUCCGGCACGGAGAAAUAUAAAUUACGAAAGGUACAUAAAAGAGAUCAUGAUGGCAGUGCCGUGGAACAUGAACACCAUCUGGGGUGGCCGUCUCGGCUUUGCGGCCUGCCUGGAGCAGGCGUUGAGAGAGCAGUAUCACGAAUGGCAGAGAGGGUUUACCGGUCAACCAAGGCAUUGGGCUGAGGCAAUUAGCCGCAUUCAGGGAAUGGAAUCCGGCUAUCUGGUACAGGAAGGCAAUGGUCUGGAUCGCAAUGGAUCCCUACAUCUCGGACAUAUGUGGGCCUAG